AUGAAAAAAAAAUGUGGCGGCAGCUUUGGGAGUACUGGCCGGUUGCAAGAAGAAGGAAAGAAAGAAAGAACGCUUCUUCUAUCCCUUGAUUCUUAUGUGCAAUUAUCACUCAUCAACACAUUUUCCACUUUUAAACUAAAACAAGAAAUAUUCCCGGGAGAGAACUUUUUCCCACAUUUUUCAACAAUGUACCCUCUAAAAAGCUUUAAAUCCAGGUGUGCUCACAAAGUGUUCGAUCAAAUGCUUGAACGAGAUACAGUUUCUUGGAACUCCUUGAUUUUUGGUUAUUCUGGAAUAGGGAAGUUGGACAUUGCACAAAAGAUUUUUGAUUCCAUGCCGACUAGGGACGUCGUGUCGUGGAAUACUAUAAUUUCAUGUUACUUACAAAGUGGAAAUCAUAAAAAAUGUGAAGAUAUUUUCUUGCAAAUGGUGAAACAUAGAUUUUGCUUUGAUCAUACUACCUUAGCUGUUGUGUUGAAAUGUUGUUCGUUUUUGGAAGAUUUUAUUCUAGGCAUACAAAUUCAUGGGCAUGCAUUGAAAAUGGGUUUUAAUAGUGAUAUGAAACUGCAUUGGAGGAUCUUGUUGAGGUUAAAAUGGAGAGGGGUAGAGGGCAUCACUAGAGGAACUGGAAAGGAGCUACUUUGUGAAGAUUUCUUUGCUUGGAAAAUUGCAGUUAUGGAUUUUAUCCUUGAUUUGAUCAUUAAUGAUGUCUCUUCAUCUAUUGAUCAGAAUUUGGGUAUGGAUCAGCUUAUUGAUGCCAUCACGAAUUCGGAUUCAGAUGAUUCAAUCGCUGCGGAAUUAUCAGACGAAAGCGAUUUCGCCGAUGACCCACUGGCUGAAGUUGAUUUAGAUAACAUCCUUCCCUCGAGAACUCGCCGGAAAAUUAUUAACCCUGGAGCUUACCUUGCUACUGAUCUCCCUGAAGAGGAUUCCGAUGAGAUUAAUAACCCUGAUGCUUAG